AUGUGGGAGGCCGAGGGCGGCAGCGGGGCCAUGGCGGGCGGCUUCUUUGAGGACGGGGCUCCUGGAGAGGAGGAGGAGGAGGAGGAUGACGACGACUACUUCCAGGCCGCGCCGCCGCCGCCAAUCACUGCUGCUCUUUCUGACGGCGGCCGCGCGGCGCCCGCGCCUGGCGUCGCGGCGGCCGGCGGCGCUCUUCCCGCUCCCGGCGGCCUCGGCGGCGGCGCCCCCGCCCCUGUGUCCCCGUCCUCGUCCCCCGUACCCCCGGCCGCAGCCACCUCAGCCGCCGCACCCGCCGGCGCUGUCCCCGUGCUGACCGCGCAGCAGCGGCAGCUGCGCAACAUCCUAUCCACGGUGGUCCCCUUUGACGCCGUGAGCUUCAAGAGCGCCUCGGACCUGUCCUGGUCGGCGCAGCGCGGGCUGGCGCUGCUGGACGAAGCUGCCGGGCAGCUGUACAUGGAGCUGAGCGUGGGGUCUUUUGGCAGUGGGCUUGACGUGGUGAUCCAGGGGCGGCUCAAGAGCCUGCUGAGCGUGCACAGGAAGAUGGAGCGCAAGGGCUGCGGCCUGGAGGAGGUGUAUGACGCGCGGGCCCUGCGCGUGAUCGUGGACGACUGCGGCGGGGCGCGGCUGGGUGACGCUGUGCAGUGCUGCUACCGCCUGGUGGCCGCGGUGCACCAGCUGUGGCGCCCCAUAGCCAAUGAGUACGACGACUACAUCUCAAACCCCAAGCCCAGCGGCUACCAAGCGCUGCACACCGCAGUGUGGGGGCCGGGGGGCGCCGCCCUGGAGGUGCAGAUCAAGACGCGGUCGAUGCAUGAGGACGCGGAGUAUGGGGGCGCCGCACACUGGGCCUACAAGGAGGGCGGCACGCCCGCCGCAGGGGGCGGCGGGGAUGGCGUGGGCAAGGGGGAGCCGGCAGCAGCGGUAUGGCCGGCGGGAGGCUGGGCGGGCCAGGCGGGCGGCAUGGUGGCGGUGGCGGCGGGCGAUGCAGUCGGCAACAGCAGCAGCGGCGGCGGCAGCAGCAGCAGCAGCAGCAGCAGCAGCAGCAGCCGCAGCAGCAGAAGCGGUGCUAGCAGCAGCGGCAUCGGCAUCAGCAAUACCACCACCGGCAGCAGCAGCAGCCAGGAUCCCGCCCCAGAUCUGGGUCUCCCCGCCGCCGCAGCCGCAACACUUCCUGCCGCAGCCGCCGUCGCACCCCUCGACGCGCGCCCCUCGGCCCCGCCGCCGCCGGCCCUCCCCCCGCGCCCCUCCCACCGCGCGCCGCCGCCGCCGCCCCGCGGCGCCCCCUACCCCGGGCAGCCCAUCCUGCGCGUGUCCCACUGCCUGCGCUACGGCGCGGUGCUCGCCCUCGCACCCUCUGGGGCACUGCUGGUCGUAAUCCUCAAUGGCGGCACCUCCCCAGAGCACCCCUUGCGUGUGCCCGACUACGGCUUCUACGCCUCCCUCGCUGCCUACGCGCGCGACCACGGCUGGAGCCGCCCCGGGCAGGGGGACCUGCGGGCGCGCGUGGAGGAGUUUGUGCUGUGCCGCGACGGCAGGUGGCACCGGCGGGACCACCUGGGCUACACGCACCCCAACACCACGCUCACGCUGCUGGUAGGGUACGAGGCGGACGCAGCCGCGGCCGCAGCCGCCGACGCCGACGCGCGCGGCGACGCCGUGCCGGCCGCCGCCGCCGCCGCCGCGGCCGCUGCGAAGAAGAAAGCGGCAAAGGCGGAGGUCGCGGCGGCUGUGGCGGCGGCGGGGGCGGCUGUGCCGACGGCGGCCGUCGCCGGGGCUGCGGCGACCGCUGCUGCCGUUCCGGCGGCGGCAGCGCCCAGGUCCUCUGCGCCGCUGCCCAUGGUCCCCGAGUCUCAGGGCGGCGCGAUGGCCGCUGCGGCCGCCGCGGCCGCCGCGGCCGAGGAGCAGGAGCGGUGGCAGGAGCAGUGGCGGGCGACGGCCAGCAAGGCGGCGCAGCUGCGGAGUGUGAUAGAGUGGGGCCAGGACCUGGCUGAGGGGUUUGAGGCGCCCGCGCAGAGCGAGGAGGUGUCGGUGCUGAUCUGGCCCGGCGGCACCAUCGAGGACCUCCCCCGCGGCACCACCGCGGGCCAGCUGUUCCGCCGCAAGGGCGUGCUCACCAUUGAGGACGCAGACGCGCCACCGGGCGGCGGCCUCGGCGCGGCGCCGGGCGGUCCGAAGCGCUUCAACGUGAACAACCGGCUAGUGGGCGGUGACACCCUGCUGGAGGACGGGGACCUCGUCAUCCUCGCAAACCACGUCCUCAAGAUCUGA